AUGGACAGACUAGUUGGCGAAGUUUUAGGCCAUGCUAUAGUUGGUCUUAUUAGUUUAAGUAUCGACGCUGCCGUUCAAUCGCGCAAAACCAACUUGACUACUCGGAAAGGUUCACAUUCAUUGAAUCCUCCAGCCACAAUGUCUAUAUCACAUCAACGUGCAAUCGUUACUUCUUCCAGUGCCAUUACGUUUGGUAACGAGUGCGAACGUCUUGUUAAUAUAGCAUUUGAAACGAGUCAAACCUUUCCAACCAUGAUGGGCACAUAUGCCGACUUCAUUGAAUAUCUACGUAAAGAACUUACAAAGCGAUACAGAGGAGUAUGUUUUGAGAUUAUUGUUGGUGGAAACGAAAUGUUCGGAUGUUCAAUUGGUGAAGAUGAAUAUUUUGCUGAAGUUCAACAUGAUCAAUACCGAGUGUUAAUCUUUUCAGUUAAACAAAACCCGUCAGUCAAGUCAGACACUCAUGCUGCAGAUAGUCAUUUAUCAUUUGUAUGGAAGUAA